CGUGUGUGGGUGCGUGGGAUUUCUGAACGGCACAUUCUGCCCUGGGUACUUCGUAAAAGUCAUUCUGAAUCAUAAGACAAAGUACAAGCAUAACGACAGAAUCCGGCUGCAAAGGACGGUCGGAACGUUCGAUCGAUAUUUCGCAACGCUUCAUUUUCUGCACUUUCUGGCCCGUACGGUAACACGACCCAGCGCAACACAGCGCUUGUUUUUUUCAAGAUGCCCGUUGGAAUAAAUCAACCCUCCAAUCAGAUCAAACUCACAAAUGUAUCCCUCGUACGCAUGAAGCGCGGCAAGAAGCGCUUCGAAAUUGCGUGCUACAAGAACAAAGUGCUUGAGUACCGAGCUGGCACCGAGAAGGACCUCGACAAUGUGCUGCAGAUCCCCAACGUUUUCCUUAACGUGUCCAAGGGCCAGGACGCCCCCAAUGAGGAGCUGAAGAAAGCGUUCCCGGGGAAGACGCGAGACGAGAUCAUCCUCGAGAUCCUGAACAAGGGCGAGCUGCAAGUGGGAGAGAAGGAGCGGCAGGCUGGGCUAGAGAACAUCAAGAGGGAGGUCGUAGAGUGGGUCGCAGGCCGUGUCGUAGACCCCAAGACGAAGAGAGUGUACACGCACGGAAUGAUCGAGAAGGCCUUGGACAUGCUCAGCGCGCAGGCCGGGCAGCAGGCAUCUGCAUCUUCUGCUGCGGCUUCGUCGAAAGCGGCUGCGCCAGAGGGCUCGAGCGGGACGAGCACGCCAGCUGCGGGCGAGAACGGCGAGGCGAAGAAGAAGCCCAUGUGGACGGGCGUCGUCACGACCAAGGACGCCAAAUCACAGGCCCUCCUCGCAAUCAAGGCACUCAUUGCACACCAGCCCAUCCCCGUGGCACGCGCUCGCAUGCGACUACGUAUUACGUGCCCGACCAACAUCACCAAACAGGCGGUCAAGGCAGCGGAGGGUGAGGACAAAGCCACGGGCACAGUCAAGGAUAAAAUCCUCUCGUUCGUAGAACAGGUGGAGAGCCAGGACGUGGUGGGCGCCGAGUGGGAAGUGGUCGGCUUUGUGGAACCGGGAGCUUACAAAACCUUGACGGAGUUUAUAGGGACACAGACAAAGGGGAAAGCAAGGGCGGAAGUGCUAGAUAUGGCUGUGGUGCAUGAAGGAGAUUGAGCGUGACCUCGUGGUGUGCAGGAUGGGAAGAAGCAAAAUCAAAUUUGUAGCUUGCAGUCACAGCAUGCUGCUGAUGCUUUCCAGGCCAGCUGCUUGGUCUCAUGAAAGACUUGGAGCGGUAGAAAGCUAUUACGACGCAACAGUGGAGGGCUAGUCUACGCAAGCAAUCAUCACGAAACGCAGCAAUAGAGCAGUGUCAAAACGCAAAUCACGUCCAUUGAAUCCAGAAUCUUG